CACUGAGGGAGGGAGCGAGGAGAGCGUGCAGCAUAAAGGCAGAUGGUGGCAGCAGCCGAGGUGACUUACACACUGUCAGAGCGAGCAGUCUGACGGAUUACAGCCACAGCACAGGAGCAGAGCGCCAGCCAACGGAGGAACUCUAUCAUAGGAACUGAGGAACUGCAACCAUGGCCAAAGUUUAUAAGAAGACCAGUGGGAACGGUUCGAUAUGUCUCUAUUUGGGGAAGAGAGACUUUGUAGACCAUGUGGACAGCGUUGAUGUUGUUGAUGGGGUGCUGAAAGUGGAUCCUUCAGAACUUGAUGGAAGAAAAGUGUGGGUGCAGCUGCUCUGUGCUUUCCGCUACGGCCGGGAAGACCUGGAUGUGAUCGGACUGUCCUUCAGGAAAGACAUUUGGAUACAGCACAUCCAGAUCUAUCCUCCAACAGCUGGAAACAAGCCAGCAAACACUCCUAUGCAGGACGCCCUCAUGAGGAAAGCUGGAGAUGAGGGGCACCCUUUCACUUUUAUUAUUCCUACUAAUCUGCCGUGCUCUGUAACUCUUCAGCCUGCACCAGACGACACAGGCAAGCCUUGUGGCGUUGACUUUGAACUGAAAGCCUAUAUUGCCAAAGAGGCAGACAACCCCGAAGAGAAAAUUACUAAAAAGGACACUUGCCGUUUGGUCAUUCGUAAAAUCCAGUUUGCACCAGACAAGCUGGAGUCCGGACCCAAGGCCAACAUCCUCAAGCAAUUCAUUAUGACCGACAGACCAAUCCAACUGGAGACCUCUAUAGAGAAGGAGGUCUAUUAUCACGGUGAUCCAAUUCCUGUCAAAGUGAAAAUAAACAAUGAGACAAACAAAGUGGUUAAAAAAAUAAGAAUUUCCAUUGACCAGACAACAGAUGUUGUGCUCUAUUCAGCCGACAAAUACAGUAAAGUCGUUCUCUCAGAGGAAUUUGGGGACCAAGUGAAUGCCAACUCCACAUUUGAGAAGGAAUAUAAAGUCACGCCUCUUUUGGCCAACAAUAAGGAGAAACGUGGGCUGGCACUGGAUGGCAGACUAAAGGAUGAAGACACCAAUCUUGCAUCUUCUACAAUACUGAGACCAGGCAUGGAUAAAGAAGUGCAGGGCAUUCUGGUCUCUUACAAAAUUAAAGUUACCCUCGUGGUGUCCAGCAGUGGUCUGCUGGGCAGCCUUUCUUCCAGUGAUGUCACAGCAGAGAUGCCUCUGGUCCUGAUGUCACCAAAGCCAGCAGACCCGUAAGUCUCAAGCUGUAUAAUCUGUAUAUUCUGUAUAAGCUGUAUAAGAAAUGUAUAUCUGCGUUCUUUUUAUUAGAGACCAUUUAUAAAUGAGUCAGUCCAUUGAUAAGCCUCAAUAAAGAACAUAUGAGAAAUUAAGAGGCUAUGUAUCACAAAUUGCUGUGCACCACAUACUGUAUACAAUGCACAGACCUUUGAAAUCAUAAGACAUAACAGAUAUAUACAGUAGAUAUUUCUCUAUAAAAUGUUGUAUUGUUUGAUUAAUGUACUUUGUUGAGACUGAGAAUCCUGUGAGGCCUGCUAAAUGUGUAAGACUGAAGGUGACAUACCAAAUGUCAUGGGACGUGCAACUGCAGUAGGCAUGUCCUUUGGAAGCUAAAGAGUGCUUUACUGAUCAGCGGGAUAUGUGUGUCCCAAGCCACUCCCUGAGGUAACACUUUAUGAUCAAUUAAGAUACUGCUAUCCCAUGACUUUUGGCAUGUGAGUGUAUUCUGAAUCACUUUAUUACAAGGAAAGAAUGAACACAGGACAGAAAUACCAGAUUUGGAACAGUUUUGUUUACCACACAGUGUGAUAGUAGUGUUUUUUCCUAAUAUGAGCAUGUUGCCUAUACUGAAUAAUAACAGCCAUAAACCAUCUAUC